AAUAAAAGCGGAGAAAGAGAAGUGAGAGAGAGAGAGACAAUUCAAUUUCACAUCUUCUCACAAAAAAAAUUCAAAAAAUUCUCCAGAUCAUGUAAUAAAUUCCGAUUCCCCCAUUAAUCACAGACUUCUUCUUCCCGUGCCCAGAACCUCAGUUUCGAGCUCUGUCUCAAUCCAAACGAAAAGAGUCAAUUUUGAAUUUGAUUACCCAUAUCAAUCAAAACAUCUUCUCUCCCGUGCCCCCCAAGAGCUCAAAUUUUGAUCUGAAUCCGAAGUUUUAUUACCAGAGUAUAUGAUCUUUUUCAUGUCUUCUUGUCUUGUCUCGAUAGCUAAUGAUUGAAGAUUACUUUCUCGGAAAAAACAAAAAAGAAUAAAAAGCUCUCACCUUUCCUCUGUUCAAAACCUUGAAUCCAUCCUUCUUACAUCGAUGGGUAACUCCAAAGACAGGAUCAAAUUCAACGUUGGCGGACGAAUCUUCGAAACGACGUCGACGACCCUCGCGAACGCAGGUCGCGACUCCUUCUUCGGGGCCUUGUUCGACGACGACUGGAACCUCUCCCCUCCCAAAGAAGAUCUUUUCAUCGACAGAAACCCAGAUUGCUUCGCCGUCCUCCUCGAUCUCCUCCGCACCGGAGACCUCAACCUCCCCGCCAACAUCCCGGAGCGUCUCCUCCACAGAGAAGCCUCCUUCUACGGCCUCCUCCACCACGUGCGGGCCGCUAAAUGGGGCCCGUUCGACGGCAACCGUCUCCGUCUAAGCGAUUCCGUCAAAGGAAUCGCUCCCGGAGACGGAACCGCCGUCAGGGCCGGCCCUGACGGCGGCUGCUGCGUCGCGCACGGGAGCGUGGUCCACGUGUUUGACUGGAUGCUGGAAGAGCAUUGUCCGAUAAACCUCGAUUACCAGAGGGUUAACGACGUGGGGUGGAUUGAUUCGGACAACAUCGUGCUGUCUGCUUGCGAGAAGCUGGGGAGGGGAGACGGAGGCAUGGGUCUGUUCAGCUCCUCAACCGGUGAUCUCCGGUAUAAGUUUCAGGUAUGUCAUGAGAAUCAAGUCAAGAGUUAUACAGCUGGAGCUUUGAGUUUUAAUCAGGACUAUAAAAUCUUCUCGAGCUGCAAAGGUAGGAGUAAUGAGUAUGGGAUCGGAGUUUGGGAUCAGAUAACCGGAAAGCAAACCGAUUUCUUCUACGAGAGUCCCGGUUGGUCGCUAGGUGAUGCGGACAAGCUUCAGUGGCUGAACGGUAUGAACUGUCUUCUUGUCGCCACGUUGUUUCCGAGAAAAGACAACUGUUACAUUAGUCUGUUGGAUUUUCGAGACAAGAACAUGGUUUGGUCUUGGUCGGAUAUCGGGUCUCCUAUGGCGAUAGAUGAGAAGAGGGUGAGGGAUGCGAUAGCUAUGGAGGAUAGCAACUCGGUUUGUGUGGUGAAUGAGUUUGAGGAUUUGGGGUUUAUUGAUCUGAGGAUGUAUGGAGGAAGCGUGAGGUGGAGUUCGAGAAGCAGGUUGAUGAAAAGCAAGAUGCCUGACGAGCCUUGUUACCCGAAACUGGCGUUGCAUGAAGGCCAGCUUUUCUCUUCGAUGAAUGAUUCCAUCUCUGUGUUUUGUGGACCUGAUUGGGUGUUGACUUCUAGGCUAAGGAGAAGCUAUGGUGGCUCGAUCUGUGAUUUCUCCAUUGGUGGGGAUCGGCUUUUCGCAUUGCACAGCGAAGAGAAUGUGUUUGAUGUGUGGGAGACUCCCCCUUCUCCGAUCAUAUGAUUUUGUUCCUUGAUACUCUGGUCUGUUUUUAUUCAUGUUUGCUUGUUUUGGUUUGUGUUUCUACAGUUCUUAGAAAGCUACUGAAAAAUAGCUAUAGACAAAGAAAACUACAGCCUUAGAGUAAUCUUAGUUUUGUUAUAUACAAAUUAUAUUUGUUUCUUGUGACCUUGUGACUAUUCAGAGGAACAAACUAUACUGAUUUUAUCGA